AUGGCGAGUUUUAUUGCAAAACAACUAAUUGGAAAUCAACUGGAUUCAGUAAAAGGUGCAUUAGGUGAUAAAAAAGAUGAAGGUGAAGGUGUUUUAGGUGGACGUAAAGAAAUUGAUCCAGAAGUUGAAGCUGCAUUACGUGAAGCAGAAGAAAAAAGAGAAGCUAAACAUCGUAAAAUGGAAGAAGAACGAGAAGUGAUGCGUCAAGGUAUCAGAGAUAAAUAUGGUAUUAAGAAAAAAGAAGAAGAGGUUCCAGCUGAUUUCGAUUUUUCUAGUCCUGAAGGUCGUCUUGGUCGUAAACGUAAAACACCAGCUGAACUAGCGGCUGAAGCGAAUGAAGCGGAUGAUGAAAACAUUUUAACAAGUAUGUUACCGGAAAAUAUGAGAAAUAUGGCUAAUAAAGUAACCGAAGUUCCAGGAAAAAUUAUUUCAGAAGCUAGUGAAAAAUGUCUUCUUAUGUGA